GUGACUUUCAUUUGUAACAGCAGGGAGAGAGACGCAGACGGGAUAGUGCUCGAAAUCACCGCGACCCGGAACCGAGCAACUUCUGAACACUCGCAUUCCAAGAAUAUUUGGAGCCGUUGGCAUGAAUUAAACGCACCUAGCUGGUUCGUUCUCGAGUCUCCGCGUGCACGGUCGACUUUAUCGGUCGUUUACUUUCCGUUUUUGAUUGUUGCAAGAAAAGUCAAACGCCUUGAAUCACAGGCAGGCGAGCCAGGGAAAGCAGAAGUCUGAACUCGCCUCGGGCGCUCGUUCUGCAGGCAUGUCGCAGAAAGAAAGACCCACUUUCUAUCGCCAGGAAGUCAACAAGACGAUAUGGGAGGUCCCUGUGCGAUAUCAGAACUUGUCUCCCGUCGGCUCUGGUGCAUACGGAUCUGUUUGCUCUGCGUAUGAUGAAAAGACAGGACUGAAGGUUGCUGUGAAGAAGCUGUCAAGGCCGUUUCAGUCCAUCAUCCAUGCCAAGCGGACCUACAGGGAAUUGCGGCUACUCAAGCAUAUGAAACAUGAGAAUGUGAUUGGGCUGCUGGAUGUUUUCACACCUGCCACCAGUCUGGAGGAGUUUAAUGAUGUGUACCUGGUGACUCAUCUAAUGGGUGCUGACCUGAAUAAUAUUGUCAAGUGUCAGAAGCUGACCGAUGAUCAUGUUCAGUUCCUUAUUUACCAGAUCCUGCGAGGGCUUAAGUACAUCCAUUCAGCCGACAUAAUUCACAGGGACUUGAAACCCAGUAAUCUGGCAGUAAAUGAAGACUGUGAACUCAAGAUCCUUGACUUUGGUCUGGCUCGACACACAGAUGAUGAGAUGACAGGGUAUGUGGCCACAAGGUGGUACCGUGCUCCAGAGAUCAUGCUUAACUGGAUGCACUACAACAUGACAGUGGACAUUUGGUCAGUGGGCUGCAUCAUGGCCGAGCUGUUGACAGGCAGGACUCUGUUUCCUGGCACAGAUCAUAUAAACCAGCUUCAACAGAUAAUGCGACUUACAGGAACUCCACCUGCCUCUCUAAUAAGCAGGAUGCCUAGCCAUGAGGCUCGUACUUACAUCAACUCACUUCCUCAGAUGCCCAAGAGGAAUUUUGCUGAUGUGUUUAUCGGGGCUAAUCCACUAGCUGUGGACCUUCUAGAAAAGAUGCUGGUUUUGGACACAGAUAAGCGCAUCACAGCGGCGGAGGCUUUGGCUCACUCGUACUUUGCUCAGUACCAUGACCCAGAUGAUGAACCCGAAGCAGAGCCUUUCGACCAGAGCUUUGAGAGCCGAGAGCUUGAUAUUGAAGAGUGGAAACGUCAGACAUAUGACGAGGUGAUCAGUUUUGAGCCACCAGUCUUUGAUGGAGACGAAAUGGAAUCCUGACCUUCUCUUCUGGAUGGCAAUCAAACCAACUGUACUACUAAUACAGUAAUGCUGUCAUUUUGCAGUAUUGUAAUCAGCCAGUCAGUAGGACGUUUGACUGUUUCUCUUCAUUUUUUUUUUUUUAAUGUUGUCUACUGGGCCAAACAGAAGGAAUAGAUCUAAUAGAAAAUCAUUAUUUUACACAUUGAGUCUCUUCAAAAGAAUCUGAUAGUAAUAAUAUCAACAAGUUUUUUUUUGUUGUUUUUUUUGUUCACAAUGUUCAAAACUGACUUUCAUGCAAGUCCACUUGUAAAUGUAAUAUCUCUCUGAAAUUUCAUAGUAUUUAGUUGUGUUGUUAAAAUGUGUUCACUGUGUACAAUGUAUCACAUUUGCAGUGCUUUUAAAAUGCUCAGAAAACAUUGUUCAUUUAGUUUCUGUUAAUAUAUUUUAUUCCAAUCAAAUCAUGAGCAUUGUAUUUAACAAUUUACAGUAUGUUCUUCAUUAAUCUGUUUUCAUAAAAAUGGGAUUUAUUGGAGUCUCCUUUGAUAGAGCUAGGAUGAAAAAUGUAAAUUUAUGCAUUGGGUAUUGGUGAUACGUUUAGGCUAUUUGUAAAUAUACGUUCCGUAAAGCUUUUGGAAUCUGUAGCUGUUUUAUUUCUGAUCUUUUUCACAUUGUUUGUGUAUGUUUCCUAGGGAAAGAAAGUGUGAGAUUGUGUGUGUGUGUGCGUGUGUGUGAGUCUGUCCACCUGAGGUUGCUACUAUGAACUGUAUGCGAACUGAUUCUGCCUCCAGUAGCUGUUUUUAAAAUGCUAUUAAUUGAAUGUUCAAAUAUGAAAGUAGAGUAAGAUAUUUAUAUACUGUUGAGGUGGUAUUUAUGAACCUGAAACGCUGCAACUGUCUUCUUUAGCACCUGACAUAGAAAACAUGGAAUCAAACACACCAUUGUUUACUGAAAAUAAAGGCCGAUAUUUUUCAGAAA